AUGAAAAGGGAAUCUGUCAGUCUCGCUAUCGGACUCUCGGGAGGGUGGCUCGCCAAUUCGCCAAUUCUCGGGAUUUUCCAGGGCCUGAUCUUCUACUUCUUCUACGAGCCCGGUCUCGUCCCUCCCAACGCCGAUGGUUCCACGAUGAUGUACUUUGCCCUGCUAGCCCGAGUCCGCGGAAAAGCCAUCAUUCAAUUUCUGAUGAAACUCGGCUUUGGACCAAAAUCAGAACUCGCUCGCCGUCGAUUAGCAACAGCCAAACACACCAAAUUACGCGAAAAAUGUGACGAAGAAAUAAUUGAGCUGGAAAACUUCAAGAUCUUCGUUUACAGGCCGGAGAAUCUGGAGAACAAAGGAGCCGUCGUUUAUUUUCAUGGUGGUGGAUUUGCACUUGGACAAGUCCGAUUCUACAGAAGCUUUGUGAGUUCUAUUGCUGUUGCGAAUUCUGUUACCGUGAUCUGCCCUGAAUAUCGAAAAGCUCCAGAACAUCCCUACCCGACGCCCGUUGAAGAUUGCUACGAAGCAGCUUUGUAUAUUUUUGAAAAUGCGGCGAAACUUUCAAUUGACCCGGAGAAUAUCGUUUUCACCGGCGACUCCGCUGGCGGAUACAUGUCGGUUGAAGUUUGGUACAGAAUGCUGAUCAGGAACUCGAAGUUUAAGGCAAGUGGGAUUCAUUUGAUGUAUCCUGCGGUUGGUGGACCUCUUGAUACUCCAAGUCAGCUGCGGAAUCGUCGUUACCCGCCCUUAACUUUCGACGCAAUGGCCCACUUUCUCCUCUGGUUCAUCGGCGAAGAAGUCACUCCUUGGAAGAUCAAAAUGAUAUCGAAGAAUGAGUGCUUCGAUUUUACCCAAUUUACGGAAGAACAAAACUCGUACUCUGAUCCGUCCAACUUUCUCGAUCAAGAAGAGCUUCAAGGCUGGAAGAAGAGGGAAUCAAGCUGUGACGGUUCUGAAUUGAGGGGGGAGAAGAGAGAAUUGAGGGAAAAGUGGUCGAAGUUGAUGGUAGAUCCGCUUUUUACGCCGCUCAUCAUUCCUGACAGCGCUUUGAAAUCAUUCCCGAAAUGCAAAAUUUCCGUUUGCGAUUGCGAUGUGCUCAAAAACGACGGACAAAUGUUCCACUCUCGUCUUCUGCGGAACGGUAGAAAAAGCGAUCUUUUCGUGAUGGACGGUUCGAUUCAUUCUGUCGUCGUGUUUUCACACUACUUCGGUUUCUCGCCGAAAGGGCAGUUUCCAAAGAUCGACGAAUACGUCGAAAAAUACCAUGAUGAUUUGAGAGAGCUUCUGAACAACUAG